AUGACUUGGACCAUCGCCUUUUCGCUCUUGGUCGCGCUUCCUUUGGCCGUGGCCAUUCCUCCCCCAGAUUUCGGCUUCCCUGAGGCUCCAAACCACACAGAGCUCUCGGUGACCUACCAAGCCAAUGGCAAUUCAUUUGUCGUUGCAGAGGCAGAUCUCUUUGGUGUAGACAUUCCUGCCAAAGAGCCUACCGUCGCCGUCGAGACUGCGAGCUACGAAUCUAUUGCAACCUACAAUGGGUCCUAUGUGCUCCUCAUGGUCGAUCCUGAUGCGAGAUAUCCUUCAAGCCCGAACCUACGCUUCAUCCUACAUUGGCUUCAGACGGACAUGACAGUCGCGGCGCAGUCCCCUGAUGGCACUAGUCAGUUGGUCAACUCAUCUGCGCCGCGAGUACCCCACCUCGGACCAUCUCCUCCUACCGACUCUGCCGCCCAUCGCUACAUCAUCUAUGCCUUUUUCCAACAUGCAAACUUUACUUUCCCUCAAAACUUUGAAGAUUUCAAUGCUACGAGUCGCACAAACUUCAACCUACCGUCUUUCUUGGACGAGUCGAAGUUAGGCCAAACACCUGCUGCUGCAAUGUACUACUUUGCCAGCAAUCAGACCCAGGUACCACAAGACUUUACCGCUACAGCAGGAGGGACAUAUCCAGGUGGAAAUGGUGGGAUGAUCACGGCGGGGCCGGGCCCCAAUAUUACUUCCAGCACUGCGCCUGCCGCUCCCUCGACGUCCGCUUCUACGACGUCCAGCUCCGUCACGUCAACUUCAGCUUCGGACUCAGGCACUUCGGCAUCAGGUAGCGCGUCACAGACCGCGUCGGAAACUGGGUCGACAACACGAUCAGCUGCUUCGGCAUCGGACACAAGUGAUGCUGUCAAGCUACUUGUCGGAUCAGGGGGCCUAGUUGCGGGCUUGAUAUCAUUGUGGAAUCUCGUGUGA